AUGAAGUUGGGAGAUAAAAGAAAAAAGAAAUCUCAAUCUAAACAAAUUAGAAAGAAGAAGAGAAGCAAUAACAAUAACAAUAACAACAAUAAUAAUACAACCAAUAAUAAUAAUAAUACUCAGAAUAAACCAUCAAUAUCUAUAUUAAUUGAUCAAUGUAUCAAUAUUGUACAUUCACCCAUUAAAUCACUUACUAAUCUUUCAAAUAAUGUAUUCCAAUUUAUUUCAACUAUUUGUAAAUAUAACCAAACUACAACAACUAACAGAAAAAUAACUGCCAAUCAUGAUGAUGAUGAUUCUAGUGCUCUAGAAUACCAGUAUGAUGAUGGUUGUGAAGAGGAUGAGGAUGAAUUUGAAGGAGGAGGUAUGUACCCUGACUCACAUGAAUACAAUGACACUGAAUUGGCAUUGGCAUUUAGUGAUAGAGAUCAAGGUUCCUCAUCUUCGUCCAACAAACCAUUUUUACGUCAAGAAUCAUCAUCAUCAUCAUCGACUACCACUACUACCACAUCGUCAUCAACAUUUAUCCAAAAUAAUGAACACCAAAUUAGAACAUUGGAAUCAAGAAUUGCAUCACUUGAAAAGGAAUUGUCAAAGGUAAAGAAUGAACAAUUGAAACAAACUAAAAAGGAUUUAAAACAAUACCACAAUUUAUUGGAUCAAAUUAUUCGAGCUGCUCAACUUAUCCAAUCUGCUCCACCUGUUGCUAUUCAACCAACCGUCCAAAUGUAUGCUCCACCACCUCCACCACCUCCACCACCUCCAAUGAUGAUGAUGCAGCAACAACAAAAGGUUACUCCAAGACAACCAAGUACUGUAGAGAGCACUCAGCAGGCACCAACCGUACCAGCUGCUGCCAAACCAAAGAGAAUGUCAUCGAAUCAACCAUCAUUCCAUAUCUCGCUGUCUGACAUUACCGGUAUUAAAUUGAGAAAGACUGGAUCAAGUCUUUUACAUCCAAAACCAUCAACUCCAAGUAAAUCAAAUACUAAUAGUCCUGCUAGAUCGACCAACAACAACAAAAAUACACCAAACAAAAAGGCAACAAAUAACAAUACACCAAACAAAAAGACUGUUGGUGGCAGUACAAGUACUGCAAGUACACCAUCUAAAAAGGUGUCAACUCCAAAGGUGUCAACUCCAAAAGGAGCACCUCUUUCGGAUAUUUCCAACAAAAUGAUCAACUCUUCACCAUUUUCAAUCAAGUCUCCAUUUAAUCCAAACAAAUCAAUCUCUCAAGUAAUCCCAACUUCUCCAUUAACUAUUUCAACUCUCCGAUAA